AAUAUAUUAACCAUUCAGACAUUUGAACAAUUAAGAGACUGAAACAAACAGUCUGAACCAUUAAGUGCAGAAGACUGAAACAAACAGUCUGAAACAAACAGCCCCUUAAUCUCUAACCUUUCGACUCAUUCAAACGCGCAGUAAUGGCGGCCACUUCCGUUGUUUUCAGCUCAGCAGCAGCGGCUGCACGUUCACUUUCGAAUCUUCUUUUCGAUCUCGACCCGACCUCCAGAUCAUUUAACCAUCACCGGAACUUCUUGAAGCCUACACUUAGAGGAUGCCGUCACGUCUCCUUAAGCGCAUCUCGCAAUGGCGGCGAAAAACAAGACGGCGACGGUUGUGGAGGCGAAGCGAAGAAGAUUGAACCGAUUCAGUUGGAAAAGCUUUUCGAAGAAUAUCCUUUUGAACUCAAUUCCAAGGACCCGCCAAAUCCCCUUCCAAGGCCUUUGACAUCUGCUGAUUUGUCCAAUAUGGCUUCUCAAGGAUCUCGUCUUCGUGUUGCUUAUCAGGGGGUGAGAGGUGCCUAUAGUGAAUCAGCUGCAGAGAAGGCGUAUCCAAAUUGCGAAGCAGUGCCUUGUGAACAAUUUGACACUGCUUUUAUUGCUGUUGAAAGUUGGCUUGUUGAUAGAGCGGUCUUGCCAAUUGAAAAUUCUCUAGGGGGAAGUAUCCAUAGGAAUUAUGACCUUUUACUUCGUCAUCAUUUGCAUAUUGUUGGAGAAGUAAAACUUGCAAUACAACACUGCUUACUAGCUAGUCCUGGUGUGAAAGUCAAAGAUCUUAGACGAGUUCUAAGUCAUCCUCAGGCUCUUGCACAAUGUGAGAACACUCUUACAGAGCUUGGGUUGGUCAGAGAAGCUGUGGAUGAUACUGCUGGGGCAGCAAAGUAUGUUGCUUCCCACAAACUAAAAGAUGCUGGGGCAGUUGCUAGCCUCACUGCUGCUAGAAUAUAUGGACUGGAUGUACUCCAACACAAUAUACAGGAUGAUUCCGAUAAUGUUACUCGAUUCCUAAUGCUGGCUAGAGAACCCAUAAUUCCUGGAAUCAAUAAACCAUUCAAGACAAGUAUAGUGUUUUCCCUUGAGGAAGGUCCUGGUUUUCUUUUUAAAGCACUUGCUGUUUUUGCUAUGAGGAAUAUCAACCUUACAAAGAUUGAAAGUCGUCCCUUGCAGAAACAGGCUUUGCAAAUAAUUGACUGUAGUACCGAUGGAUUCCCUAAAUAUUUCCCAUAUCUUUUUUAUGUUGAUUUUGAAGCGUCAAUGGCCGAAGAAAGAUCCCAAAAUGCUUUAGGACAUCUAAAGGAAUUUGCUACAUUUUUGAGAGUCUUGGGGAGUUAUCCAGCAGACAGUGGCAUGCCUUGACAUUUGAACGCGGGAAGCUCUGAACCAUUUGCGCUUCGUUAAAGGAAAAAAGUGGCAGUUUUUUGUCACUUCAGACAUUCGGCUGAGUUAAAGCUAUAGAUUAUCAAGGAAAGGAAAUGCACAUUUUGACCUCUUUUUCAUAAAAGUUUAGGCUUUUU